AUGACUGUCCAUGGUGAUGAGAUAACACAAAAAAAAGACGCAAACAGAAACGAGAGUGUGAACGAAGAAGGCGAGAAAAAUAUAAAGGAAAACCCUGAACUUUAUGAACAGGCCAAAAUAAAAGAAAGACAGCGUUAUCAAAGACGUAAAAAAGAAGAAGCUGCCGAUCAACCGACAGGAGGCAGUCAAAACAGUUAUUUUUAUUCACCGGAAGACACGAACAUUGCUACGCCAUCUUCGUCGAGAAAUAGAUCGAAAGACAAUAGAGAGUUGGAAAAAGUAAAAAAAGAAAUGGAAAAAUUGAUGAGAAAAAGUUUUAAAUAUAAAACGCGGUAUUACAGAUUAAAAGACAAGCAUUUAAAAGAACAGAAAGAAAAAAUGAGACCAAAGUCAAAAGUAGAGAGAGAAUUGAAUGGUAAAAAUGUACCGCUAGAAAUUAAAAAAAAGGUGCUUUCUGCUGAGGUGUUAAAAACACAACUAGAAAUAAAUUUCAAAGCAAGAGGAGCAGAUAUACCAGAUUUGGAUAGUUUAGCUUCAGUACUGAAACAAAACUACCCGGGCAUAACCUUCAAAGUAGUAGUGGAAGAAGAUAUUGAAGUUUUAAAUGAUGUAAUUCCCCUUAAUAUCAAGCCUUUUAAAGGCACUAUGAAAGCAAGACAACUGGUCUGGACUCUUAAAUAUAAUAUUAUGAUUCAUUUAAGACGAUUAAGCUGUCUAACUUACAAACCUCCAAAUCCUUGCCUUCAUUAUCACUUGGGUGAAAUGCUACUUGUUCCUGCUGUUAAUAAGAAUCAUCUCAGAUAUUCAGAUAUUUAUUCUGAUAGUUCUAACGAUGAUACGCAGAGCCCAAUUCCAUAUCAAACAGAAAAAAAAAUAGUAUCAGAGAUAGGGGAUAAAGAGGUAGUUGAUUUCAACAACGUCAAGAAACCACUACCUGUGCCAAUAUCAUUAAGAAGGAAUAAGUUUCGAUUUACAAAUGAACAUUUCAAUAGAUUUACUAAUGGUAGUCAAGCACUUCAUGAAUGGUUGACCCGAGACUAUAAGUUCUCGGAAGCCUAUCUAGGGAGUGAAAUAAAUGAGGAAUUAAUAAAUCGAAAGAAGUAG